GACUGCUUUCCACCAUCCACCACCUCGUUCGUCCAAAAAAUGCCUCCAAUGGCCUUUACUGGGACUGUAUCCAGGGUGGGAUUCAUGAACAAGACCGCCACAGUCAUCGUCACUCGUUGGACGGUACACCCACGGACGAAGAAGCGAAUGGAGAAGCGAACAAAGCUUCUUAUUCACGACGAACGGAACAAACUUCGCAUAGACGAUACCGUCCUCGUUCGGAAUUGCCCGCCAAUUUCCGCUCGAAAACGCUUCACCUUGGAGAAGAUUCUGAAAAGUCCCGAGACAGAGCGAGACGAGAUGCACGCACGUAUGGCGGCAGAAGCGAAGCGUAUCCUCGGAGAUGGGGAAGAUGUUUUUUCAUCACCCCUCGACUCAACACUCAGUCAUUCGGAACAGUCUAGUUCGACCACCCAACCUACGGCACACGCUUCAUAGAGUCGGACCCAACUUUCGAGACCCUUAUUGUAAUAGUACUACUAAUGAAUAUGCUUUGGGCUAUGGAU